AUGGGCGGUGCCGCAUUCGCCACAGGGCAAGACGCCCUUCACACACCUCGCAUGGCCCCGGCUGUCUAUGCUUCUGUCCGUGGUCGCUGCCAUGCUGUCCUGUUCACUCUGUUUACGGCCGUUGCGACGCCCAUCGAGGGCCCUGAAAAGGCCGAUUUUGGCGACAUAGACAUUGUUGUGGCCCUCCCCCGCCCCAACGGCGACGUGACCGCCGACGAUGAUCCCGAAAACACGUUCCUCCUCCAGGAAGCGACGGCUCGACUCGGCGCAGUCCGCACUUCUAUUGCCAAAGGCAAGGCGUCUAUGGCCAUUCCAUGGCCAGCAGACCUGCUCUGGCUAGCCCCAACCCCGACUUAUGCCGAUGGCGAUGUCAACCUCAGUGGCGGCUUUCCUUCUUACCCCCACAUCCAGGUCGACCUCGCCGUUGCACCGUCACUCUCCCUCUUUCACUGGGCACUUUUCAAGCACGCCCAUGGCGACUUUUGGAGCAUUGCCAGCACAUCAAUGCUCCGGCCGCUCGGCCUGACCGUUGACGAGCGUGCGCUGUGGCUGCGUGUGCCGGAAAUCGAACACAAGGACCGCAAGCGCUCCAAGGUCUUUCUGACCGACGAGCCGGCGGAAGUGCUUCACUUCCUCGGACUUCGUAUUCUGGCUGACUUCAACGGGCACAAAGACGGUGGAGGGCGCGACUACAACGGGGGCGCGUGCGUGAGCCUCUGGGAGCAACCCUUCUCAACUGCCCAGGCCCUUUUUAACUACGUCAUCAGCAGUUGCUUUUUCUACCUGCCAGACCUCGGCAGCGACUCGCAGGUUAUGGGUAACAACACACACCCCAGCCUCCUCAAAUCAAACGACCGCCGCCGCAUUCAGAGGCGUUCGUUGUUCCGCCAGUGGGUCAUGGAGUAUGUUCCUGCUCUGUACGUCUCGGGACACUACUUGCCAACCAAGUUCAACAUGGAUGCCGUGCCAAACCGCGAAGCCGUCCGGGAUGCUGCCUUUGCCUUCUUCCCCGAAUCACAGGCCCAGUUCGAGCUUACUCGUAUUCGCUACCACCGCGAGAAUCACCUAGUGGCCAUCCGCAAAGCCGUCAAAGCAGCCGUCCCGGAAACGCUACCCCGGGCUCACCAUGUUGCAGUGUGCUCUGCUAUGCGAUUGCACCUUGGUCUCGCUGUGUCUGGUGGCGAGACUACGCCCGUGACUGAAAUGGAAGCCGAAGAAGCAGCGGCUGCUUGGACUGUUGACAGCGUGACGAACUACAUUCAAGAAAAGUGGCUGGGCAUCCUUGAAAAGGUGGCGCCAGCCUCGUAUGCCAAGUACGUCGCCGACCAGCGCUGUAUAUGA